ACGCCACAUUCAGCAGCGACUUGGUUUCAGCUCUCAAAAACAAAAAACGGCCCAAGGUGCCACAAACACGUGGGUUGGUUGCUUUCGCGGGGGCGCGGAGCGUCAUUCCCACCCCAUGUAUUCUUCAACUCUCGCUCCAACCAUUCUUGGGAUCUCUCUUCAUCUUUCACAUUCCACACAUACCCACCCCACCUUGCAGCUGUUAAAGAGAGCAUCAUUCAAAGAUGUCCAACAAUUCUGAAUUCAAACGGACGACUGUCCAGACCACGCCUCAUUCUGGUCAAAAACCGGGUACCUCUGGUCUACGAAAAAAGGUCAAAGUGUUCCAACAGAAACACUAUACCGAAAACUUCAUCCAGGCCACAUUGAGUGCUAUGCCUGGAGGAUGCGAGGGAAAGACAUUGGUUGUGGGAGGUGAUGGACGAUUCUUCUCUCCUGAAGCCACCCAAAUCAUCCUCCGACUCGCAGCUGGUAACGGCGUUUCCCACAUCAUCAUCGGUCAAGACUCUAUCCUCUCCACUCCAGCUGUCUCUGCCCUCAUUCGAUCCAAAAAAGCAGACGGUGGAAUCCUCUUGACCGCGUCUCACAACCCUGGUGGACCCAACAAUGACUUUGGAAUCAAGUUUAACAUUUCCAACGGUGGACCUGCCCCUGAAGAAGUCACCAACAAGAUUUACAAGAUCACGGAGGAUAUCAAAGAGUACCACGAGGUGGAUCUACCAGACCUUGACCUUUCCAAGACUGGUGAAUUCACUCAUGGCCCUCUCAAGAUCACCAUUGUCGACCCCGUGUCCAACUACCUGUCUCUCCUUCAAUCCAUCUUCGACUUUGACGCCAUCAAGGAGUGGCUGCACAACACCAACCCCAAGCCUACUGUCCUGUUCGACGCUCUCAACGGAGUCACUGGACCAUACGGCCGAGCUAUCUUCGUCGACACUUUGGGACUGGACGAGAAGUCGAUCCAAAACUGCACCCCUUCACCAGACUUUGGAGGUGGACACCCAGACCCCAACUUGACUUACGCCCACACCCUCGUCGAGGCGGUCGAAAAGAACAACAUCCUCUUUGGAGCUGCAUCUGACGGAGAUGGAGACCGAAACAUGAUCUAUGGAAAGGGCGCAUUCGUUACUCCCUCCGAUUCGGUCGCCAUCAUCGCCGAUUGGGCUGAAAAGUGUAUCCCAUACUUCAAGUCUGGCGUCAAGGGUCUCGCCAGAAGUAUGCCGACGAGUGGAGCCAUCGACAUUGUGGCGAAGAAGAGAGGAUUGGAAGUCUUUGAAGUUCCGACUGGGUGGAAAUUCUUUGGCAACUUGAUGGAUGCUGGACGAUUGAGCAUUUGUGGAGAGGAGUCAUUCGGAACUGGAUCCGACCACAUCCGAGAGAAGGACGGUGUCUGGGCUAUUGUCGCUUGGCUUCAGAUCCUCGCCGCCGCUAACAAGGAAAAGCCUGGCAGUGACAUCAACGAUGUGCUCAUGAUGCACUGGAAGAAAUAUGGCCGAAGCUUCUUCUCAAGAUAUGACUACGAGGAAUGCGAGUCUGCCGGUGCCGAAAAGAUGAUGGCGCACUUGCGUGAACUCUUUGAAUCCUCUGGAUUCGUUGGAUCCGACUUGUCUGCUACAUCCUCUUCUGCGUCCUUCAAAGUCGCCUCAGCAGACGAUUUCUCUUACACUGAUCCGAUUGAUGGAUCCGUGUCGAGUAAACAAGGUCUGUACAUCAAGUUUGAAGAUGGAUCAAGGAUCAUUUUCCGACUUUCUGGAACUGGUUCUUCGGGCGCCACCAUCCGACUCUACGUCGAAAAGUACUCUCAGGACGAAUCGGAAUACGGCAAGGAUGCUCAGGACGGAUUGAAACCUUUGAUCGAGGUCGCUCUCAAGGUCAGCAAGUUGCAAGAGUUUACUGGACGUGACAAGCCAGAUGUGAUCACUGUGAGUCGGGGGGCCCGGGUCGGUGGAGCGAGGCGCGAUCCUGACAUGAUGUGCUGAUUUGGUCUAACCAGUAAAAUUUGUGCUACCGAUUCACAAAGCGAGCGACGAUGUGGGGGCUUCAGCAGCGAGUUUGCAAUAUGGACAUGCGCGGCUAGAAGUGGAAGUAUAGCUGAGGGAAAAGGUUCAUUCUGCCUGCAAUAUAUAUGAAGAAGAUGAAUCGAAAUGAAUUCAAAAUCCAUGGUG